AUGAUGCCGUCAUUUCCACAGCAUCGUUUGAAACGCAAGGCUUCUCCAGGCGAUGACACUGCUCGAGGACUAGUUGCUCCAGUGAAUCCUAUCCAAGAGGCGUCAUCGGGACUUUUUGAUGCUACUUUUGAUAGAAUUUAUGGAGCAAUGGAAGUUGAUGACUCGGAAGGCGAAGAAUUGGAUUACUAUAUUGAUAAAUGUCUUUUGACUAUAGAAAAUAUAAAAUCAAGACGAGACCCUGUUGAAGAUGAUGACGCUCAAAUAAGACAUAAAAGAAAUAGAAUUUCGAGCAACCUAAAAUUGAAUGUUGAGAAGGAGGAGAAGAAGGACAGGGUAGCCGCCGUGGCUCAAUUUGAUCUUAUUCUACGAAAUUACGAACGAAUGAAGAGGCGUCGUUCGCUUCCAUUCCCUUCGGAUAGUGGUCCCCUCGCUGAAUCGACACCUGAGACAGGGAAAGUCCCCAUUAUCGCUUCACGACAAGCUCCUGAUCUAUCACGCGCUGUUCCUAAUUCGUUUACUCCUCCUCGGGCCUCGGCUGUUCGAUUGAGUCGUUCAGUUUUGGCGAGACAUUCUGUGAGCUCCAGCGCUCAUUCACCAGACAGCCAGCUGUUUUCUUGGGUCAUAUCUCAGUUAAAACAUUAG